UUGGUGCUCCCUUCCCUCCGGCAGUGCGGGUUCGCCUCGGGGCCCCGCCUUGGUUGUUUCCCUCUCAGCGGUGCGGACCCCCCUUGGGGCUGCCGCUCCCCCGUCCUCUGGGGCUGUCCCCGGCAGUGCGGACCCUCGGGGGGCUCUCGAUCCAUCCGUAGUUGUGGUCCGGGGGCGCUCCCGCGGCCUCAGCCACCAGCAAUGAGAAGAUUGGAGUAGAAAUUCACCAUGGAGGCAAAAUCUGUGGCCAUUGGUGUGGAGGGGAUGACCUGCAACUCCUGUGUCCAGAGCAUUGAGCAGCACCUUGGGAAGAUGAAUGGGAUCCACAACAUUAAAGUCUCCCUGGAGGACAAGAACGCCAUCGUCAUCUAUGACUCCAAGCUGCAAACUCCAGUGACUCUGCAGGAAGCCAUCUGUGACAUGGGAUUUGAUGCUACCCUGGCUGAUUCAAAACCACAACCUGUUCUACCUGACACAAUUUUCCUCACCCUCUCUGCCCAGUCAGCCUUAACACCCAGGCAAAUUUGUGCCACACUGCUGAAGAACAAAGGGAUCCUGGAUGUGAAAGUGUCCUCUGAUCAAAGAACAGCGGUGGUGACUUUCAUCCCUUCCAUCACCAAUGGCAGGCACAUUACCCAGAUGGUCCCAGGGGUAGAUCUGAACAUCUCUGUGCCAGAAGUAACACCUGGAACUUGGGGAGAUUGCAGCUGGUCCCAUGGGAGCAGUGCUGUGCUGCGCCUGAAGGUUGAUGGCAUGACCUGUCACUCCUGCACCAGCACCAUUGAGGGCAAGCUUGGCAAACUGCAGGGAAUGCAGAGGAUUAAAGUGUCCCUGGACAGUAAGGAAGCUGUUGUUGUCUACCAGCCUUCUCUAAUCACAGCAGAAGAAAUAAAACAGCAAAUUGAAGCGGCAGGUUUCACAGCAACCUUCAAAAAGCAGCCUAAACCCCUGAAGCUCGGUGGGAUUGACCUGGAGAGGCUGAGGAAUGCUCAGCCCAGGGACUCUGAGGCAUCACAGAUGGAAAGCUCCAGCGAGACUGGCACAAAGACAGUUGUGUUCAGAAUUGAGGGGAUGCACUGCAAUUCCUGUGUCCUCAACAUCCAGAGCACCAUAUCAGCGUUACCGGCGGUGACGAGCGUCGUGGUUUCUCUAGAGAACAAAUCUGCUGCUAUAAACUACAACCCAAGCUUAAUUAGUAUAGAAAAACUGAGGAAAGCUGUGGAGAAUGUGUCUCCAGAGAGGUUCAGAGUCAGCCUUCCUGAGGAGCAUGAGAACCUGGCACUUCUGCCCACGCUGGUGUCUCCACUGAAAUCUCACCCUGCUUCCAAGGAUCCCAGCCAGCCUCUCACUCAAGUUGUUGUGAUCAAUAUUGAGGGCAUGACUUGCAGCUCCUGUGUGCAGUCCAUCGAGCGAGUGCUGUCCCAAAAGGCAGGUGUGAAAUCUGUUCAUGUCUCUCUGCCAGAUGGAAAUGGGACUAUAGAAUAUGACCCGCUGCAGACAAGCCCAGAAGACUUGAGGUCCUCAAUAGAGGAUAUGGGAUUUGAUGCAUCUUUUCCAGCAAAGGCUGAGCUCCCUGUGGCCAAAGCUCAGCCCUGCCCUGAAGCACAGCUGGAUUCUCACAAGCCUGAGCCACCCUCCAAAGUGCCACCAGCCCACCUUGGCAGGCAGGAGAGCAAAACCAUCUCCAAGUGCUACGUGCAGGUGACAGGAAUGACAUGUGCCUCGUGUGUGGCCAACAUCGAGAGGAACCUGAGAAGGGAGGAUGGAAUCCACUCGAUCCUUGUUGCCCUCAUGGCAGGGAAGGCAGAAGUGAGGUACAACCCUGCUGUCAUUCACCCUGCAGCUAUUGCAGAGCUCAUUCGGGAGCUGGGCUUUGGAGCCACCGUGAUGGAAAACUGCGGGGAAGGAGAUGGGAUUCUGGAACUUGUUGUGAGAGGGAUGACCUGUGCCUCCUGUGUGCACAAGAUAGAAUCCACCCUCAUGAAGACCAAUGGUGUUUUGUACUGCUCAGUAGCUCUGGCGACCAACAAAGCCCACAUCAAGUAUGACCCUGAGGCCAUUGGUCCUCGAGAUGUCAUACAAGUGAUAAAGGAUUUAGGUUUUACUACUUCCUUAGUCAAAAAAGAUAGAUCUGCCAGUCAUCUGGAUCACAAACAGGAAAUCAGGCAGUGGAAAAGGUCUUUUGUGGUGAGCCUGGUUUUCUGUAUCCCUGUGAUGGGGCUGAUGAUUUACAUGAUGGUGAUGGACAGCCAGCUCUCGGAUGCUCACGCACAUCACAACAUGAGCAGUGAGGAGAUGGAGGCCCUGCACUCUUCCAUGAUCUUGGAAUACCAGCUCCUACCAGGAUUGUCUGUCAUGAAUUUCCUCUCAUUUUUACUCUGUGUCCCUGUGCAAGUGUUUGGGGGGUGGCACUUCUACAUCCAGGCCUCCCGAGCACUGAGGCACAACACAGCCAACAUGGACGUGCUCGUGGUGCUGGCAACAUCCAUUGCCUUCCUCUACUCCUUCAUCAUCCUCCUGGUGGCAAUGGCUGAGAGGGCCAAAGUGAACCCUGUCACCUUCUUUGACACCCCCCCGAUGCUGUUUGUGUUCAUCUCGCUGGGGCGCUGGCUGGAGCACGUGGCAAAGGGUAAAACCUCAGAAGCACUGGCAAGACUAAUUUCAUUACAAGCUACUGAAGCUACUAUUGUUACCUUGGGCCCUGAUAACGUUCUUUUAAGUGAGGAACAAGUGGAUGUGGAACUGGUCCAGCGAGGUGACAUUGUCAAGGUGGUCCCAGGAGGCAAAUUCCCAGUGGAUGGCCGUGUUAUUGAAGGACACUCCAUGGUGGACGAGUCUCUCAUCACAGGUGAGGCCAUGCCUGUGACCAAGAAGCCUGGCAGUACAGUCAUUGCAGGCUCCAUCAAUCAGAACGGUUCCCUUCUGAUCUCGGCCACCCACGUGGGAGCUGAUACCACCCUGUCCCAGAUUGUUCAGCUCGUGGAGGAGGCCCAGACCUCUAAGGCUCCCAUCCAGCAAUUUGCAGACAAACUUAGUGGCUACUUCGUUCCUUUUAUUGUGGCUGUCUCUGUGGUUACCCUUUUUGCCUGGAUUAUAAUUGGGUUCGUGGAUUUUGAAGUAGUGGAAAAGUACUUUCUGGGCUACAACAAGAGCAUUUCAGCAGCAGAGGUGAUCAUCCGCUUCGCCUUCCAGGCGUCCAUCACGGUGCUGUGCAUCGCCUGUCCCUGCUCCCUGGGCCUGGCCACCCCCACCGCCGUCAUGGUGGGCACGGGCGUGGGCGCGCAGAACGGCAUCCUCAUCAAGGGCGGGGAGCCCCUGGAGAUGGCACACAAGGUGAAGGUGGUUGUGUUUGACAAAACGGGGACCAUCACCCACGGCACUCCAGAGGUGAUGCAGGUGAAGUUCCUGGUGGAGGGGAACCUCCUCCCUCGUCACAAAAUGCUGGCGAUUGUGGGGACAGCGGAGAGCAGCAGCGAGCACCCCCUGGGAGCAGCAAUCACAAAGUACUGCAAAAAGGAGCUGAACUCAGAAACCCUGGGGACGUGUACAGAUUUCCAGGUAGUUCCAGGCUGUGGCAUUAGUUGCAAAGUCACCAAUAUUGAAGCAUUGCUCUACAAGAACAACAGAAUGGUUGAAGAAAACAAUGUUAAAAAUGUGACACUUGUGAAAAUUGAGGAGAAUGCACAAGAAUCAGUGCAGCCUGCUUUGAUCAUUGAUGCUGAGUUACCAACUCGUGUGACCUCCCAGAAAUACUCAGUUCUCAUUGGGAACAGGGAGUGGAUGACCAGGAAUGGCCUCGUGGUGAGAGCUGAGGUGGACAAAGCCAUGAUGGAGCACGAGCGCAGAGGCCGCACAGCUGUUCUGGCAGCUGUGGAUGGAGUGCUCUGUGGCUUGAUAGCUAUUGCAGAUACUGUGAAGCCAGAGGCUGAGCUGGCAGUGUACACUUUGAAGAGCAUGGGCUUAGAAGUUGUCCUCAUGACGGGUGACAACAGCAAAACAGCCCGGUCCAUCGCCUCCCAGGUUGGCAUCACCAAAGUGUUUGCAGAGGUUCUCCCCUCACACAAAGUGGCCAAAGUGAAGCAGCUCCAGGACGAAGGGAAGCGGGUGGCCAUGGUUGGAGAUGGGAUCAACGACUCGCCAGCCCUGGCCAUGGCCAGCGUGGGAAUCGCCAUUGGCACGGGCACGGAUGUGGCCAUCGAGGCAGCUGAUGUGGUUCUCAUCAGGGAUGACCUGAUGGAUGUGGUAGCAAGCAUAGAUUUAUCCAGGAAAACCGUGAAGAGGAUCCGGAUCAACUUUGUCUUUGCUCUAAUUUAUAAUCUCAUUGGAGUUCCCAUAGCUGCAGGUGUCUUCCUGCCCAUUGGUUUGGUUCUGCAGCCCUGGAUGGGAUCUGCAGCCAUGGCUGCCUCCUCAGUCUCCGUUGUGCUUUCUUCUUUGCUCCUAAAGAUGUACCAGAAACCAAGCUCUGAGAAGCUGGAGUUCCGUGCCCGUGGUCAGCUGAGGCACAAGAGCCCAUCAGAGAUCAGUGUCCACGUGGGCAUCCAUGAGAGCGGGGCUGGCUCCCCCAAGCUGAGCCUGAUGGAUCGAAUUGUCACCUACAGCAGAGCCUCCAUCACCUCCCUGUUCUCAGACAAGCGCUCAGUGAACAGCAUCGUCCUCAGUGAGCCAGACAAACAUUCACUUCUGGUGGGAGAUUUUGAAGAGGAUGACACAGCCUUAUGAAAGCCUCGCUCCUCCCACCCCCACUGAGGCAAAACAAAACCCCAAAGUAAAAAACACAACCAAAACAGCUGUUGUGAGGUCUGUGCAUGUCCUGAUCUUUGUGGAGGUCUCCUGGAUGCAUUUCUUCUUCAGUGUAGAGGUAGAUUUUGCAGUGACUUUCCAAGGUCUUUUGUGGUUUUUAAUCUAGACUUACCAAAAAUAUCUGGUGCGGGGCUGUUGAUGCUCACAAACAGGGCUGUGUUCCCAUUCCAUGGAGCUUGCAGUAUAGCCUUUAUUUUUGGCAAAUUGUCAAAAUACAAUUAAGGAAACCAAGGAAGCAGAAACUGAUUUUCCAGCCUUAUACCAGGGUACUUUAUGCAUAGUGGAGUUCAGUACCGUGUUAAAAAAUUGUGAAUUUGCAUCUGCAAAAUCCUGAAGGUUCUGUUUGCAGAGAGAUGUGCCUUACUUCAGAACCCUCUCACUCCUCCAGCCUGCCUUCUGCUGGAAAUGAGUCCUCUCAAAUGCCUUUUCUUGUUGUCAGCAUCUGGUUCCAGCUUUUCACACUCCAGGCUCCAAAUCAUCUCCGUGGGAUCCGGAUUCCUGCGUGGCAGAAAAUGGGGACAUUUGGGGCCGAUCCCACACUGAGCUCUGCACACUCUGACAGUCUCAGGAGAGUCUGUCUGUCUGAAGGUUGCCUGGGUUGGGAGCUUUGUUCAUUCCCAACCUCUCCUAAGCCAAAAACUCCUGCAACACCUGAAUGCAAUAUCAGUGUGAGAUGGUUUUAGCCAAAGUGUUCAGCUUUAGGAAGGAGCAGCGCUCACCACCAGGAUCUACUGGCACUCCUUCAGUGAACCAGGGGAGUUUGUCACAGACUGCCUUUAAAAUCUUUACAGUUCAGGCUUUGCUUGUAAAGUGUCUGUAUUCUAGGAAUGGGCCCAGCAUCACUACAUUGGUUGAUCCAAACCUCCUCUGCUUGGUCUGUGCAGAUCCAGGCAUUGUGAAUUCAGACAGUUGUCAUUUGUUGCUGAACUGCAAUAUCAAAAUGCAGCUUUUGAUCAUGAAAUCAUUAAUAUCAAAAAGAUCCUCAGUGAGAAGGAGAUGCUCAUCAGCAGUAGCAGGUUACCUGUUUGUUACUCACUGAGCCUUUCUCUCCCCCUCCACUGCUGAGGCAGCCAUUGGCAGCAGUUGCUGCCCAUCAAAAAUGUUAAAUUUCAUUGUGAACUGCAGUCCAUGAUGUAAACAUGUACCAGUUGUGCUUGUAGAGGAGAAAUAUUCAGUUUGGUGAAGACAAAGAGGUUCUCUUUAAUGUUAUGCUUUUUAACUCAAAGCCUGAUGUCAGGGCAUAGAUUGUGUAUGUAAAAAGUCCUGAGUAAACAGCUCUUGCUUUUUUAUUUUAUUUGAGAACCACCAGAAAAAUCCCUUUGUGUGAGAGCAGAAGGGCUUUGCUGGGGGAUGUGUUGUUAGGAAAUCAGGGUACCUGUAUUGCAGUGAGGAGAGCAGUAGCACGUGCUGCUGGUUCAAGAAACAAAAUAUUUCUGUAGGAGGAUUUGGGUUCUUAAUAUCUCUAAAUGAAUAUAGAGUAUUUUUAUAAAUUAGAUUGCACCUGUAUGUAAUGUGUGGUGGUGUUACAUGCUGGGAUACAUCACAGCACAGCCAUUCCAUGAAGUUUGGUUCUCAGUUUGAAGCAGCAGAGCUGUUCUUACAAAGCAGAUCCUUACCCAAAGCUGAUUGUGUUAGGAUGGGUUUUAGUGCUUUACAAUCAUGCAAAGAUUUCAGUUGUCUUGUUUAUCCACCCUCCUUCUCCAUGUUCUUGGCACGGUUGUGCAGGUGAAAGGGAGGUAUUUACAUCUCUGUGCUGUGGGUGGUCUCAGUCACUCCUUCAGAUGGGAGUUUCAGUGGAUGGCAGGGAAAUGACACAUCACCCUCCCACUGCAGGAACCAGGGAGCUAAUUCAGGGUUGAAUUCCUGGUUAGUAAAUAAAGCAGCAUUAAGAACUUGUUUAGACAAUUUCCAAAUAUAUUUUUAGAGCACUUCAGCCUCUCAUUGUCCAAAUGCUGUGUAGGUUGAAUGUUUACGGCUUUACCUCCCAACCUUUUCCCAACACAGGUGUUUUUUCUAGGCUUUAUCAUUUUCUGUGAAACUCAGUGUUUGAUCCAGGUACAGCAAAAUAAGGCUUUUUUCCAAACCAGGACACUUGAAGAGGUGCAGGAUGAUUAUCAGGGAAUAAGGAACAGCAGCUGCUGGCUGGGAGGGAUGUGAGAGCAGCUUGUAGGGACACCCAGAGGAUCAGGUUCAGAUUUUUGAGUGGAUUUUUGGGGAGAGGAAAGAACUGAACCCAAGGUGGGGGUGGGGGCAAGGUGCCUGUGAUAAACUCAGAUUUUUGAAAGCAGGUUUUCUGUCCAGCACUCCCCAAGGAUGAGGUAAUGACUUGCAGGAUGUUUAUCAUGUGAUUUAAAUAUUAAAAAAGGUGCUUUAUGUUGAAGAACCAAAAUCCCUUUCAGUUUGAAUGUACAGUGCAAGUGAAAUCGUGUGGGAGCUCCAUGUUUUCCCAAAUGUAAGUGUUUUAAUAUGUAAAUAGGUCCCUCCUGUUGGAGACAGUUUGGAUUCAGAAAUUUAAAGUAUCACUUGGAAGCACUCAGUUACAAACAAUAUUGUAUUACUCCUUUGUCUAUUUUAUUGUUUUCUGUGUCUAGCUAUUUAUAAACCUGUGCUCUAUUUAAUAAAAAAAGUACAUACGCUCCAGGCUUUAAAAGUUACUCUUUGAAUCAUACCAAACUUACUCUUAAAAGAAUUUAAAACACUUGAAAUUUUAUACAAAAAAAAUAAUGUGAAGCUGCCAGAACACAAUGGAAGCAAGAAAACACUUUUAUUUAUUAAAAACUAUGUUUUUGUUUUGUUGGGUUUUUUUUGCUUAGAAGUUCCAGCAAAAUGUUUUAAACUGAAGAACUUUUGUUAUUCAGUUUUAGGGAUGAAGAAUGGAGAAGCAAUGCUGGUUGGAAUGUUAAUGUAGGGCUGUUACAGUUCUUUGCAUCUCAAAACAUGUUGUCUCAUGUUUCCUAUUAUUUUAAGACUGUGCCUCCAUCAUUCUAAUGGCAAUUAUAACCUCUGUAAUAAAAAUGUAGCAUCUGAA